AUGGUUGCAGUUGUUGCAGGGAUAUGCGAACACAACAAGGAUCGGCUCGGACAGUCGCUGCUUGUGCCACGUGACAAAACAGAAAAGGAAAGCGGGUCCCGUGUGAAGCAACCGGCUGGAUAUAGGUUGCUCAACCAACCUGGUGACGGCGUCAACACACCAAAUCUCAUACGUAUUAGCAUGCGGCGCGCGCGUAGCCCCGCUGCCGCCCCGCUGCUGGUAGUGGUGGUGUGCGCUUGCGCAGCCGUGCUGGCCGAGCCUGGUAAGGUGCUGCAGAAGAGGAGCGGGCUGGUGGGUCACCUGGGCGGGUACGGGCUGGGUCACGGACUGGGCCACGGGGUGGCCGCCGGCUACGGGCUUGGUUACGGAGUGGGCGCGCUGGGCGGCGUGGGCCAAGUGGUGGGCGCGGACGUGCACACCACCGUCACCAAGCACAUCGGCGUCCCCGUGCCCGCGCCCUACCCCGUGCCCGUCGACAGACCCGUGCCAUACCCCGUCAAAGUCCCAGUAGCGGUGCCGGUGGACCGCCCGGUGGCCGUGCCGGUGCCGCGGCCGUACCCGGUGGCCGUGGACAGACCCGUCGCCGUGCCCGUGGACCGGCCCGUGCCCGUGCCCGUGCCCCACGCGGUGCCCGUGCCCAUCAUCAAACAGGUCGGCGUGCCGGUACCACAGCCGUACCCGGUGGCGGUGGCCAAGCCGGUAGCCGUGCCGGUGGCGGCGCACGCGCCCGUGCUGCACGACGCCGGCCUGCACGGAAUAGGCUUGCACGGACUCGGCCUGCAUGGCAUUGGCCUGCACGGACACGCGAGCGGGCUGCACGGACUCGGUUUGCACGGCAAAAUCUGGUGA